GAGUUGCAUAUAUCCCCAGCCACAAAGCAAACGGCUUAAUCACGCACUCCUAGCCAGGAAGAAGAAGAAGGAGAUGCAGAAGAGAGGAGCACAACACAAUAAUGCUGGCGACACGCAUUCGAGGUCAUAACCCAAUUCCUUUUGUAGUCAUUGUCCGACUGCCUUACGACGACGACGACGACGACACCGAAGACAACUAUGAAUUGAACCGAUCGCAGUUGGAUGAGCUUGGUUAACUGGCACUCUUCGAGUAUAAGUUUACUCGUUCUUGCUGCUGUUUUAUCAUCAAUAGCAGCUUUAUUUUGCUCGGAUGCCAUUCGACAUCCAUUACAAAAGCUUUGCACUGGCUUGCGUUCUUCGAUCUUGGUUCUUGCGACUUGCGUCGAUGCCCAAUUGAAAUUCGGUGCGCAUUGCAAUUGAUCGCACUUUUUUGCCUUGUGAUUGUUGCGAGUACCUUUCUAACGUUGUUGUGUUUGUCGUCGUCGUCGUUUGCUGGCCCGCUUGCUGGCAUUGUCGCCCAUCUUCAUUAUCAUCCAGGCUGCCGCGUGUUGCAUUUGAUGAUGUGCAUCGCCGCCGCCGUCGUCGUCGUCUUCGACUUGCAACAGCGUUGCCUUCAUGUCGCCACAUCGUUGUUGCUGUCGUCGUCGUCGGCAGUUUGUUGGUUACCGUUGUCAUGAUUUGUUGUCGCCAGUUUCUAAGCUGGUCAAACCACGAUUUUGUGUCUGGCUCUUUUUACUUGCUUUGGUUUCCUUUCUGUCCUCUUACCACAUGCCUCUCUCUCUCUCUGCCUGCUUUUGCUUUCGUGUUAGCCAACGCAGUAGCCAAGCGAGUAUUAUCGAUGCCUGUAGAAUUUUAAUAAUUCACAAGUCACUUUUUUUGGUUGUGUUGUGUUUUUUGUUGCCCUCCUUCGCUUGCUUGUUGGGCAUUUCCUGUUGCCGGAACUGUUACUUUACUCUAAGGACAACACUCAGACCAAGUUCAAAGUCAUCAAUCUGAGUGUGCGACUGUUUGUAUGUGUGUGUAUGUGUGUGUGUGAGUAACUCAUACUCAACCGCAGAGUGCUCAUAACAUGUAUGAAAUUGACACCACAUAUGCCAUCGGGACACAUCGAAGGCAUCGAGUGGAGCUGGCGGCGGAAACAAAAGCAAUUUUACGCUACAUUUACUUAAUGAUACAACCCUCGAUACGCCAAGGCAGAUGUUGCUCUUAGUACCACCACAAAAACGAUUGGCAACUGUGAGGAUAUAGUACUUGUAAUUAGCUUACCAAAUAGUUAGUUUCUUUUUGUUGUCAUGUUCUAUUGCCCUUAAACCAGACAUUGAUUUCUCAUUAAAAUGUAAAAGUUUCGUUUGAUAUAAAUUUCCGAGUAUUUUUAUGCUUUGAAAAAAACAAUGCAGAGCAUUGAAAAAACAUUAUUCGAAAAUUAUAUCAAAUUGUAGGUUUUUAACGAGUUUGGACAAAAAGUCAAAAUUAACGGCACACUAAGUGAAAGAAUGAGCUCGAUCAGCAACGUACAGCCCAGUUGGCUAGAAUGGGUUAAUCGCAAUGCGCUGCCAAAACAAAGAUAUUCGCCUGGUCCAAGAAUGGAACCGACGCGUUGGCAAAAAGCUGGACCCAUGAGCCGGCAGCAAUGGGUUAAUUUCUACAAAUGGGUGGAGACAAAUGGCGGUGUCAAUUAUCAGCGAUCAAUAGAGAAACCCAAACGAAGGUCUCGCACUUAUAUACCUGGUGUAUUCUUUUGUGUGGAGCCCAAGGAAAAGGAGAGGCAAGAGAAGAAAAAGCGAUUGCAAGAAAAGUUCGAUGAUCUGAGUGUUCCCCGCUAUAAGCGCGAUAAAUUUAUUGCACCACCCCAGAAACCGUUUCCAUUUCGACCACAAAUCGAUUACCGGCGGCCACAAAAGAAACCGGAACGCGGUCGUCCUUGGCCGAUGCCAAUUGUGCCGUGUUGUUUUCAGCACGAGGAUGUCAAGGCGGCCUUCUGGGCAAAUUUACGUUUUCCCAUCUCAAGAAAUGCGCUGCGAGCGAAACCCACACAGAAAAUCAUUGAGUUGGCCCAACCGCGUGUCUAUCCACCAAAGCCACAUUGUCCCAUCCCAAUAGAUUGGGAUAAUAUGCCGCGUAAGCGGACAAAAAUGACUUUAAAUCAGUGGAGGAUGCAUUUGUCUAGACUCGAGUAUUUAGCUAGGCCGAAUCGACGUGUGCUGGCUGAACUGGAAAUCUGUCGGUGCUGUAGAUGCAAAAAACGAAUGCUCAGCCAAAGAACGGAUUCGAUGUACAGCAAUUCGAUGGGUUACUGACAGACAAUAGACGAUACAUUUUUGUCUAAUGUAUGUCAGUAAGUCAGAGAAUUGCUGCUCAAUGAAUCCAACUUGAUAAAUGAAGAUUGUCUAAUUUCAUAGUUUAAAUACACAAACACUUUUACAUUGCAAAA